CGCGUAAUGCCUACCCAUUCAUUCCUUACUACAACAAACAAAUAAAUGGUCCGAGAAGUUGCGAUUGCACCAGACCCGACACGCCAAGUUGGACUAGGGUGUGUAUUUACCGACAUAAACCAUGUGAGACAACACAUAUUUUGGAACUGAAUAUCUCCCAAAAUCAUGUGUAAGGAUUCAACGUCAAAGAGGAUUUAAACGAUCUCUAAAACAGGGUAUAAAAGAGUCUGCCAUGGACCCUGGGACUUGGGCCCAGGAUGUUUUACGGUGUCGACUCUGUGAGACCGCAGGCCCCCCUAUGUACUGUGACAUUUGUCAUAUACAUCUUUGUAAAGCCUGUGUGGGGGAACAUCUCUCUGAUCAAUCCAAAGAACACAAAAUGCUGCCAUUUGAAAAGAGGGGAUCUACUACUAAAUGUCUAAAACAUUCCUCAAAGAUUUGUGAACUUUACUGUAAACAAUGUGUCGUUCCUAUUUGUGUGCUCUGUGUUUCCUCUAAGAAACAUAACGCACAUGAUGUAGUCGACUUUGUGGAUGGUUUUGGAAGCCACAAACAUGACUUUCAGAAAGAUUUAAAAGAAUUAGAAGAUUCCCUUUUUCCCAAAUAUCAGAUGAUUGUGUCCAACAUUGCAGUUCAGAAAUCUGAAGUAAAGAAAAACUCCAGGAAAUUGACAACAGCAAUAGACAAACAUGGAGAAGACUUGUACAAAGAAAUAACUACCAUUAUACAGGAACUGAAAUCUGAUCUUGAUGAAAUGGACUCCAAACACCUAGCUGUCUUAAAUAAGCAGGAAGAUGAAAUCACAUGCACUAUUUCUGAAAUCAGACAGAACAUUGCUGAUCUGAAGGAGUUACUGGACUCCAAUGAUGUCAGCCUUGUCUCUGCCUAUAAAUCCAGGAAUGCUGAAUUCAGAAGAUUGCCUCCUAAACUCACAGUUUCUCUUCCAAACUUUAUCCCUCAGAAAAUUAAAAUAAAAAAACUUUACCAACAAUUUGGUUCACUGUCAGCAUGCUCCAUUACAACAAAGAAACAUGGCUACACAAUGGACACCUCAGAAUUUGGAUCCUCUCCUAUCAAACCACUCCUUGAUGAACCACGGAUCAUCUCCACCAUACAGACACAGAAUCAAUACUUAGACGGUGUUACUUGUCACAAUGAUGAAGAAAUCUGGACCUGUGGUAAUGGUAAGAUGAUGAGACUCUACAACCUGCAGGGGGAACUAGUGAAGUCAGUCCAAACCAAGUCAUGGAACAGUCCACGGGACAUAGCAGUGACAAGGAAUGGGGAUCUACUUUAUACUGAUUACACGGAUAGAACUGUGAACCUAGUGAAGAAUACACAGAACCAGACAGUAAUCAGACUACAGGGGUGGAGUCCUCGCAGUGUUUGUAGUACCUCCUCUGAUGACCUUUUGGUUCUCAUGGACAGAAAUGACGAUGAACAAACAAAAGUUGUGCGUUACUCUGGCUCCACAGAGAAACAAAGUAUUCAGUACGAUAAGAAAGGAAGACCUCUGUAUUCACCUGCUGAAUUACGUAAACAAAUUAAAUACAUCAGAGAGAACAGGAACUUAGAUAUCUGUGUGGCAGACUAUGGAGCCCGUGCAGUAGUGGUGGUCAAUCAGGCCGGGAAACUCCGGUUUACCUACACUGGUCCUCCCUCUUAUACAAAGGGAUCAUUUAUUCCAGAGGGCAUCACAACAGACAGCCAGGGUCAGAUCCUGACAUCAGACUUUAACAACCACAGUAUCCACAUCCUGGAUCAGGAUGGAGAGUUCCUCGGCUACAUUGACAACUGUCAUUUACAAGGUCCAUCGGGUUUAUAUGUGGACACCAGAGACAACCUCUAUGUGGCUGAAUCGAACACAAAUAAAGUGAAGAAAAUACAAUAUAUGAUGUAAACAAAUCGUUUGUGUGUAUUAUAUGUAAACAAACUGUGUAUGUGUAUUAUAUGUUAACAAACUGUGUGUGUGUAUUAUAUGUAAACAAACUGUGUGUAUGUAUUAUAUGUAAACAAUCUGUGUGUAUGUAUUAUAUGUGAGCAAACAGUGCAUAUGUAUUAUAUGUAAACAAACUGUGU